AUGGGAGAGGAAGAGAAGAUUGGUGGCCUUCCAGUUUAUCCUCCUGAAUAUGAAGAUUUUGCCUUUUGUGUGAACUCCUGUGGCUUGUUUGAUAUUGGUUACAAAGGCAGUCCAUUUACAUUGUGGAAUGGGAGGCCAAAUGAAGAUUGUAUAUUUAAAAGACUUGAUAGGAUUCUAGUGAACAUGCCUUUUCAAAAUCUAUUUCCUAAUAUUGAGGUGGAGCAUUUGAUAAGGACUGGAUCAGAUCAUGCCCCAUUAUUGAUGAGUUGUGGAGAGGAAGCAAUGAAGUUUGUGAAGCCAUUUAAGUUUUUGAACUUUUGGACAAAACAUGAAGACUUUCUAGAGGUGGUGAAGCAAAACUAG